CGUAAUUUAUAUAGGAUAAUAUUAAUUAUAAGGAAAGCUGCAAUAUUUUAUGGUCUUGUUUCUUUAAAUAUUCAUUUUAAAGCAUUUGCUUAUUAGUUGGUUUAAUUAUCUAUAAAGUAUUUUAUGCGUAAUGCCUAAAUUAGAGCAAGUUUUGCAUCUGGAACCUAAUUCAGAGUUGCAUUUUAAAGGACCUUUCACAGAUGUUGUCACUUCACAUUUAAAGCUGUACAACCCAUCAGAACACCGAGUAUGCUUCAAAGUAAAAACAACAGCUCCAAAGAGAUACUGUGUGCGACCAAACAGUGGAUUUAUAGAACCAAAACAAACUCUGCAUGUAGCAGUUAUGCUUCAGCCAUUUGAUUAUGAUCCAUCUGAAAAAAAUAAACACAAGUUCAUGGUUCAGACAAUGAUUGCCCCUGAUGGCAAUGUCAGCCUUGAAACUCUGUGGAAAGAUGCAAACAUGGAAAACCUUAUGGAUUCCAAGUUAAAAUGUGUGUUUGAUCUUCCUCCAGACAAAGCUCCUCCGAAUAACCUAGAUUCCAAUACAGAGCAUGUGGAAGACAAAACCCCAUUGAUUAUACCACCCACUGACCCAGUACCUAAGUCCUCCCCUAAGGCGAGUAACACUGAUCAAGAAUUAAAGAAGUUGCAAGAUGAGUGUAAGAGGUUGAAGGAUGAGCUAGCUCAACUUCAGCAGGCCAAUAGUAAACUCAAGGAAGAAGGACUGAGAUUGCGGAUGACCCGAGGAACAACAGAAUCUUUGUAUGCUAGUCAGAAGCCUGAUGCUUUUCAGACUGACAACGUAGGGUCAACUAGCACCACUAUUCCCUCAGUAGGAUCACAGGAUCUUCUUCAACAACAGUCUCCAGUGGUGUUUAUAGCUCUCAUUGUGGCAGCUUGCGUACUGGGGUUCUUAAUGGGCAAGUUCAUAGUCUAAAGUUUAAUCACAAAGCAACUAAGCCACCUGCCCUUCCACCAUACAUUGUUUUGCAAGUCUAAUGAACUUUGAGGUUGACUGCUAUCUAAACUGUUCUCUUUAUUAUUAAAGUGGCUAAUGGGGGACAGACAUUGUUGCCGAGAUGGUGCUAUGUAAACACACUCAGUCUUGAUGAAAAGUAAAUUAAAUUAAAAACAGUUGUUAAUUUAUUAGAACUAAAAACUUUAAUUACAUAGCCAUUUAAUACAGCAGCUAAUAUUUGCUGAAGUAUUGCUAUUAGUAUCCCACACACACAAAUUUGUUCUACCCAAAAAGCAUACACAACAUGCAUGUCAAAGGUGAAAGUAAUUAAUUUUUUUUUUACAUUAUCAGUGCUGAAUAAAGUACCAUUUUAUUUGUAGACUUGUUAACCUGUUAUUAAAUCACAGUAUAUGUUUUUAAAUACUAAAAGUUUAGGAUGUCAGGUUAAACAAUAAAGUAAUAAUUUUUUUUGGUUUGAUCUAAAUAGGUAGCUUACUCUGACUGGAAGUUCAUAUUAUGUAAAAUAAACACAAAGUAAGGUAAAACCUUAUUUGACUUCUUGGCUUUUAUUUUUGAAAUGUACAGUUAUAAAAAAACAACAACAUAUAAACAGAGCAAAUAGUUUUUAUCUUUUAUUUUAAAAUGUCGAACCCACUCCAAGGUGUAACUUUUUAAGUGAAAUGUUUAACAUUUAAGUAGUGAUCAUAUUAAAAAGGCAGAAAUAUCUGAUUUGAACAUUGUGUAAUACUUGUAAUUAAUUGCUGCUCCUUGUUUAGUAAUCACCUCCACAAAAAUCAUCAGUUUUUGUAAAAGUAUUUACAGCUUGCUGGAAUUUCUUUAUGUUAAACUAUCUUGUUUCUGAGAAAUGUUAAACUAAAUUCAUAAGGCAUAUAUAUACUUUGUCACACUUUGCAUUCUUACCUAUUUGUGAUGAAUUUUUAGAUUUAACAUAAUUGAACAAUUGUGGUAGAAUAAAGUAGGGAGAAACCAAAGUUUUUUCUUUAUUAGGUUUUCAAUAUUAACUUACUAAACAAUUAGUUUUCAUCAGUUAGUUAAUGAUCUUGAUGAAUAAUUGAGAAACAAAUACCAUAUUUACAUUUCAUGGAUAGUACAAAAAUAUUAGUUAUAACUUAAUUAUAUGGCUAGAGGGGUUGGUGGUUGAAGUUAAACGUAGGCUGUUAGAGUGGUAUAAAUAACAAUUGCAAGUCCCCCUACCCCACAUCUGAUAUAGUGAUGGUGUUGAAGAAUAUGUAAUUUUUAAACAUAUUUUGUAGCAUUCAUUUUGUGCAAAGAUUUUUCCAAUUGAUUAAGAAGUACAGCUUAAUUUUAGCAUAAGAGCUUUAUUUCUGUAUAAAUAGAUGUAAUUAGGCCACGAGUGGAAUGACGUGUUUGCAGCCUGUCUCUACUAAUUUAAAAAUAAACUUUCAGAAAGUGUUCUAAGUUAGUGGUUUGAUUUUCAUUUUUAUAAAAAAAACAUUACAGAAUAGACUAAUCCUCACGAGAAUAUGGCUGUUGUAUUAGUGAAACCUGACAUGUUUUAUAAGAACAGUGAGAGAUCAUAGAAGAAUAGUGGGUAUUAGUUUUCUUUUAUAUAUAUAAAGAAAAAUAUGCACUCUAAAAAACCUAAUUAUGGACAAAAUAUGAACUUCAAAAGUAAAUGUUAAGUUUGUAUUUUUUUUUAAAGUUGUGUGUCUGUACAUGAUGUUAGAUGAUUUUUUUUAUAUUAUUUUCAUGCUUGGGAAGAUUUGAAACUUGUUUAAAUCUAUUUGUUCAAUGAGCUGACUUGUAGUUCUGAAAGUUGAAGUUUCAGAGUCAAGUUUAUAUUUAAUUGAAAAUAUGUAGAAAUGGAUUUGUACACUGGAUGUACGCGUAUUGUAGCAUUAAAUACUGUGUAUGUUAUGAAGAAUAACUGUAACACCUUGGAAUAUUUGAUUUCCUAUUAAAGAAAUCAGUUGAUUUGAUUUA